AUGGACGUAGAAGAAUGGAGGAGAGCCUUGACAAGAGCCAACCUCUUGCCCGAAUUCCAAGACGUGCUUGAUGGAUUUGUCCACGGUUUCGACCAAGGGAUACCGGCCCAUAAGAUUGGCAAUGAACCCCACUACACCCCACCCAACCAUACCUCGGCGUUGCAAGCAAAGGAGAAAAUCCAAGAAUUGAUCGCGAAAGAGAUAGAGGCAGGGCGAAUGUUCGGACCAUUCGAGAAAGAACAAGUAAACAGUAUGUUCCCGUUCUUCAGAACCAACCCACUGGGAGCGGUAAUCAAGGGAGACGGCUCGAUGAGACCGAUCAACGACCUCUCCUUCCCACAUGGGAAAGGAGGGAUCCCUUCAGUAAACUCUUUUGUAAACGCAGAGGAUUUCAAAACUACCUGGGACGAUUUCAACAUUGUAGCAGAAUUCUUCAGGAAAGACAAAGGACCGCUUAUAGGCAGAUCCCGACGGCAAGAGACCAAUGGGCCUUAUCUGAUGAUUAAAGAUUUCGACGAUAAGAUUGUGCUGGACACCCGAAUCACGUUUGGAGGGGUGGCAGGAUGCGGCUCCUUUGGGCGACCAGCAGACGCUUGGAAAAUGAUCAUGAAAAGCGAGUUCGAUCUGGUAGAGGUCUUCCUCUGGGUAGACGAUAACCUAUUCAUAAAGAAGCCAAGCUCCCGAGUUACCAUGGACGACAUUGUACAAAGAUCAAACAAGUUGGGCGUGAAGACAAAUGAAACCAAAUUCUCACCUUUCCAGAUAGAACAGAAAUACAUAGGCUUCAUAUGGAACGGGACAGAGAAGACGGUUCGACUGCCCGAGGGGAAGAUCAAAGAGCGCAUCCAGCAGAUAGAAGUGUUCCUGACUCCAAAUCACCAAAGCACCUUUGCCAAAGUGGAGGUCCUGGCCGGGAGGUUGAACCACGUGUCAUUCAUCCUCCCACAGUUGCAAUGCUAUCUUUGCUCGCUAUAUCGAUGGUUAAAAAAUUGGUUCUCCCAUAUGGCACCCAGACACACACCCGUCGACGCGAGAGAAGAUUUGGCGUACUGGCUCUAUACCCUGAAAACCUUCCACGAAACAAGGCUGAUGCCAAACCCAGCACCGACAGAUGUCGGGUGGGUAGGAGACGCAUUGACAAGCUAUGGCAUUGGGGUCCUCAUAGGGAAGAAAUGGACCCAACUCAAGGCGGUGAAGGGAUGGGAUUCCGAAGGAACACACAAACGUAACAUUGCAUGGCUAGAGACUGUCACGGUUUGA